AAGCCACAACAGAAGUGCCUCCUUCCUGCACUCUAAGGUCUCUAAGGGCUGUUUUAUUGUUUGUUGAAAAGAUAAUGCUCGCGUGAACUGUUGCCGUGGUUAUGUUUUCUCUCUGAGCAGUUUUAUCUGUGUGAGCUCGACCUCCAGGAUGGCCCAGGCAGACAGCAGGGUGCUAGUUCUGGGAGCAUUGGCUGGAGUUGCUGGUGUCAGUUUGGGUGUGAUGUUUUACCAGGGCUUAAGUUCAAGACGAAAAGGCUCCUUAGUGGGCCACUACUUCAACCGCACUAAUGAACAGGGGCCUGGCAUCAUGUUAGUGGAUGGUCCAGGUCUGCCCGGGGGUCAGGCUGAGGUGCUGGAUCGCCUUGAGGCCCUGAUCCAGUCUGUGUCUGAACUCAAGAAUGAGAUGAAGGCAUUGAAAAAUGCUCUGCCUACGCUGCAGGACCAAGUCAGGGAGGAGCUGAGUGGGCGUGAUGAAGCACGUCGAGCCAGCCCUCUACACAGGACCACGCCAACACGGAGGAAAAGAGCUGCAGGCACCAUCACUGGCACCAGAGCUGAGGGUCGGAGCUCAGAGGAAGCAGAGAGUGAGGGAGGGUACAUGACUGCUCUGACAGACUCUGAGGAAGAUGAGCAAAGUGAUGCAGAACAGAGGGAUGAAGAACAGCCUGCGGAGAAGUUAUCUGUCCGCCUUGAGAGGAUCGACUGUUUACAUCUGGGCACCGAUUCUGACAAAAGGGAGAGUCUCAAAAUCCUUUUGGAGCUGAGAGAGGAGUUUGGACAGAACUCCAAGCUUCUUUGGCGGCUAAUCCGAGCUUACUUUGAUGUUCAUGACAUCAGCUCCACUGUGGAGGAGAAGAAGAUUCAUGCACAAAAUGGGAAGACGGUUGGUGAGGAGGCGGUGAAGCUGAACCCUACAUGUGCUGAAAGUCAUCAGUGGUACGCCAUCAUAUGUGGGGUUAUAACAGAAUACGACACGGUGCAGAACAGGAUAAAGAACGGAUACAUCUUCAAGGAUCAUCUGGAUAAAGCCAUUGAGCUGAAGCCGCAAGACCCGUUGUCCUACUACCUGCGCGGCCGCUGGUGCUACACCGUGGCCCAGUUGUCGUGGAUCGAGAGGAAAGUUGCGGCCACGUUAUUUGGAGAACCUCCAAGUGCCACAGUAGAUGAUGCGCUGAAGAAUUUUCUUAAGGUUGAGGAGCUACAUCCAGGAUAUUCCAAACCCAACUUUGUGUUUCUGGCCAAGUGUUACAGAGACAUGGGGCAGACGGAAAAGGCCAGGAAGAUGUGUGAAGCUGCUAGUUCAAUGGACUCUGUCUCCAAAGAGGAUGAAGAAGCACAGAAGGAGCUGGACUUUCUCAGCCUGGCGCUUGGUGUGUGACAACGCAGCUCAGCAGCACAUGCAUUUUUGGUUCCAUAUGCUAUGGGUGCGCGGGGUUUGGGGG